AUCUACUCUAUAUAAACCGCACCACUGCCAUGCUAUUUCAAUCACACCACCACCUCGUAGCAAGGUUUAAGCCUGCAACACAACACUAGCAAGUGACGGCAUGGCGAACUCACCGAUGGCGGUGUUGACGGUCAUGGCUCUUGGGCUAGCAGCAGCACUCCUCUCGGCCGCUGGUCCGGCGGCCGCGCAGAACUGCGGCUGCCAGCCGGGCUUCUGCUGCAGCCAGUUCGGCUUCUGCGGCACCACUGAUCCCUACUGCGGCAAAGGAUGCCAGUCCGGACCAUGUACUGGAAGUGGAAGUGGUAGCGGAGGUGUGGGCAGCAUCGUCAGCGAUGCUUUCUUCAACGCAAUCAAGUCCAAAUCCAGCGGCGGCUGCUCAGGCCAAAGCUUCUACACCCGUGCGGCCUUUUUGAACGCCGCUGGUUCCUACUCCGGCUUCGCGUCGGGAAGCUCCGACGCCGCCAAGCGCGAGAUCGCCGCCUUCUUCGCCCACGUCACGCACGAGACCGGACACUUCUGCUACAUCGAGGAGAUCAACGGUGCGAGCCAGAACUACUGCGACACCUCCUUCUCGCAGUGGCCGUGCUCUUCCGGGGCCAAGUACUACGGCCGCGGCCCGCUGCAGCUCACGUGGAACUACAACUACGGGGCGGCGGGGAAGAGCAGCGGCUUCGACGGGCUUGGUAGCCCACAGACGGUGGCGCAGGACCCCGUGGUGGCGUUCAAGACGGCGCUCUGGUACUGGAUGACCAACGUGCACGGGGUGCUGCCGCGGGGCUUCGGCGCCACCACCAGGGCCAUCAACGGCGCCGUGGAGUGCGAUGGCAAGAACACCGCGCAGAUGAACGCAAGGGUGGGCUACUACCAGGACUACUGCCGCCAGCUCGGCUUCGACGCCGGGGGCAGCCUCACUUGCUAGACACGAACUUGCAUGCAGGGCUCGUGAGGAAUAUCUUAGUUCCAGAGUCUACUGUCUAUGAUAUACUUUCUAAAUAAUGGAGCACCCAAUAAAAUUCUGUGCGCCGCCGCACAUUUCCUCCUAGUCAACUCCCUGUAUCAACUUGUCCUUGCACCAUGUCACUUUCAUGUAUUUUUACCGAGAAGGGCCUGAAAUCCGUGGAAAGACCACUUUGACUUGUUAUGAUGUGAUUGGGUAAAUCUAAUUAUGUAUGCUUGUUAUGAUGCCAUAGGGAUUUAAAUCUUCUUAAA